AUGGUAAGCGAGAGACCUAGCUGCUACGGUUGGUGCCACAAAGACGUUAUAAGAUUGGCUAAGGUCAAUUCGUCAUGUCCACUGAGGGCAGCCGCUAUCGCUUACGCGAUUGGUGGAGCCGAGUUAAUGAAUCAAAUGUACGGAAACGAUGAACAGGCCGAAGAAGUCGUCGAACAUCUCAACCGUGUCGAGGCUUUCAAGAGUGAAACCGAUCCGGAUAAAGCUGUCAUAGAGAUUGGAGCUUACUUGCACACCAUCAACACGACUAACAGGACACUUCUACAAAACAGAAAGGUUUGGAAAGCCCUUAUAAGUCAGAUGGAUCUUGUGGAAUUGCUCGCUAGACUCCCAACUAUACGUAAGCGCGGUUUUCUUCGGUGUCCGGUCCUAUAUUCGUGGGACCCUCAUUUUGUGCCUCAUCUGUGCGACCGCUUGGAAAGUCUGGGUGCAGUCCUUCAGUCGAAGAUACGUCCGAGCAGGUCAUGUAUCGAACAUCAGAGAUGGAAAAACAAAUCUGAGCGGUUCUGCAAACAAUUGUCCAGGCCCAAGCCGGUCAACGAAGACAUCCUGAAAGCGCUGAAACAACAGUUGGAAAAAGCGUUGAAAAAAAAUGUCAGAACUACGACCAAGAACAUUACUGUCAUCGUCGAUUGCCACGAUCUAUCCUCGUCUUAUUGCAGCUAUAAGCGGUUUGUUCAGGCUGACAUGGCGGCUGCCGUAACUGCUUUGUACUUUGCAAACGCAUCAAAAAACACCAAGGUGGUCAUAUUCAAAGGGACAAACCAUCAAUAUUUACAACGUGGCACGACUUUAGACGAACUUGUAAACAAUAUUGGCACCGAUACUACGGCCUGUCCCAGUACGCGAGCGAUUGGCUUCUAUCUCAACCCGACGCAGAGCGAGAUCCUCGACAACGAUCUCUUUAUCGUGAUCGGCGCAAAAAUCGACCACGAAAAUUACACGAAAAAAGUCGACGAUCUUCGAAAAGAGAAUUCUCGUGCUCCAAAAUUUGCCUUUUGCAACUUGGGUGGCAUCCCGGCCGACCGGUCGUUUGAAUAUGACAAGGACGUCCUUUUAACGUCAGGUUUUGAUGAUAAAAUAUGCGACAUCAUCUCUUCCUUCUCCAAGUUAUGAAGGAACUCUAAAAAAUUACUAAUAUCUGACAAAUUGUACUUAAU